UGGACCUGCACAGAGCGUCCUGGACCUGCACCGACUCUCCACAUCUGUGAACGAGCUGCUUUCUGCUGACUUGAUGAGGUGUAACCGCACGGACGGGAUGCCUCGUGGAGAUUUCAACAUCUAUUUUGCCAGUGGCAGAGGAGGAUUCGUCCGAGCUGAGGAGGCUGUAGGCAUCGCUCUGCUGGUCAUCAUCUUGGCUGCUCUUCUUCUUCUGGGAUGCUGGUACUUUAAAAAGAGGAACGGCUACAAAAUACUUGGAGGCACAAGAUCAGGAUCUCCAGGUUUUACCAGAGCGUACUCGGAACCAGGAGCGUCGGGGGAGAACAAGAUGGGCCUCACUGACUUUGGGAGCUUCAGGAAUGUGGUUCCAAAUGCUCCUCCUGCGUAUGAAAAGAUCUCGUCUGGACCGCUGCCUCCUCCGUACUCGCCUUGAACCACUUCUUGCUUAAGGACAUUUUGAAAAGACUGCAUUAAUUAGUUGUCAGCACAUUUAAAAGUUGAACAAAUAGAGCCAGCAUGCCAAUACAUCCAUUAACGUGUUUAUUGUGUUAUUCUAUAAAUAACAAAAACCGGUUCCACCUUUAGAGACAGUAGCAGUGUUUUAUUUUGAUGCACAUUUCCA